GGUUAUGUUUGUUAUCGCAAAUAAAGAGUGUUCGAAAUUCUUGGUUUAAAAAAAAAUGUUAAAAACACUGUUUGAAAAUAGAAUGUAAUUUUUAAAAAUUGUUCAAUCGUCGGUUCUCAAUACAAUAGCUUAGUUAACAUAAAGCUGAUAAUAAGUUGGGAUUUUCCUCGAAAUUUGAUAAAAUUAUUCAACAAUGGCCCAUAAAAACGUACAAAUUUCUCGGCAUUGUUUUGAAAAACUCGGAAAUUAUUCAAACUUCAGAAAAAUCAAGGAUGUCGAUGAAAAGCAUUGAAGAAAUUGUUUAUAUUUAGAAUAUAAACUUGUGUUGAAAAAAAAAACUUCUCAAUGCCUUGAACACCAAGCAUUCGGCAUGGAAGCCAAUUGGAAAAACUUGCGAGCGAAACACCUCAUCAUUUGCAUUCUUGUUACUUUUGUUGUGUCUUUUUUACUGAGUGUCAUUCCAUUUGGUAUUGAUGAAUGCAAAUGCAAGGAAGAUGAUCCAGCCGAAAAAUAUGAGAACAGAAAAGUGUCAAGUCAACUGAUGAAAAAGUUAAAAAGUUCUGAGCACCGUUUAGCCUUGUUAGUGCCAUUUAGAGAUCGUUUUGAGGAGCUUUUAUCCUUUGCACCUCACAUGAAACUUUUUCUGGAUAAACAAAAUAUUAAUUACCACAUAUUCAUAUUGAAUCAAGUGGACAGAUUUAGAUUCAACAGAGCAUCAUUAAUAAAUGUUGGUUUUCUUCAAGUGAAAAACAACUUUGAUUAUAUCGCGAUGCACGACGUUGAUUUGUUGCCCAUUAAUGACGAAUUGUCAUACAAGUUCCCAGCCGAUGGACCGUUUCACGUAUCAUCGCCUGAACUCCAUCCUCGAUAUCAUUAUUCAACAUUUAUAGGAGGAAUACUUCUGAUUAGGAGAGAGCAUUUUGAGCUCGUGAAUGGAAUGUCGAACAAAUAUUGGGGUUGGGGACUGGAAGACGAUGAAUUUUACGUGCGACUUAAAGAAGCUGCCUUAGGAGUGAAAAGGCCCCAAAAUAUAUCUACAGGAACCCACAACACUUUCAAGCAUAUACACGACAAGAAUCACCGUAAGAGGGACAUGGCGAAAUGUUUUAAUCAGCGUGAGAUAACAAGGAAACGUGACCGUCAAACAGGCCUCAAUAACGUGUCUUACGAAUUGACCCAAACGAUAAACGCAACGAUAUCCGAUGCGACGUUAACAAUAUUGAAUAUUUCCUUGAACUGUGAUAAAACCAUAACUCCGUGGUGCGAGUGCAACAAAGUUGAUGAUGCUCCAGUUAAAGAAAAAACAAUGAAGAAGAGUUCUGCCAAUGGGAAAGCAGCUGGUGCACUUUAGCCGACUAACUUUGAAAUAAUAACUGUAAAAUUCAUGAGAAUACUCCGUUGCCAUUUUAAAUUUUUGUUUUAAGAAAAAAAUACAUAAAUAUGUAUUUA